CAAAGUAGACAAGAUGGCGGGCAAAAACACUGUUGCCCGUCUUCUUGGUCAACAUAAGGCAGCUAUACUAAGAGAUUUGGAUGUAAACAGAGUUUUACCACGACUGAUAAAAAACGAAGUUAUAACACAAUCAGAAGAAAGACAAAUACUAGAGUCUGGUGGUCGUAAAGUACAAUGUGAAGUGUUUUUAGACAUUUUAUCCAAGAAAGGUGUCGGAGCAUUUCAUGAAUUUUGUGCAAGUUUAGAAGAAAGUUCGCCACAUUUAUUGACAGGAUUCUUAUUAGAAAACCCAGAAGCAAUAUCUGAUGAGAAAGGACCAACAAAGGCCCUGCAACUGGGAUUUGAAUUGGCCCUGAAAGAGAGAGAUCAUGCUCUGAGACAGCUACAACAAGUAAAGACGGAGAGAGACUCAGCUCUAGCCAGUCUGGACAAUCUGGAAGGGAAAAAUAAAACUCCAAGUAAGUCCUCGGACAGUAACCAGGACCACAGAUCUAAGUCUCCGAGUCGUAAACCUCGCAGUAAAAGUAUGGAAAGUGACACAGAAAUAGACGAAGGAUUAAAACGUAGCUCGUCAGUCAAGAAAAAUAAGAGUGGAGAUACAGUUGUAUGGGAAACUCAUAAAGUAUCACUCACUAGGGUACCAGGCUUUGGUUUCGGUAUUGCAGUAAGUGGAGGGGUAGAUAAUCCACAUUUUGCAAAUGGUGAUCCCUCCAUUGCUAUCUCAGAUGUUCUAAAAGCGGGACCAGCAGAAGGCAAAUUAUUAAUAAACGACCGAGUUGUCAGUGUCAAUAGCUCUUCCCUGGAGAAUGUCGAUCAUAGAACUGCUAUACAAGUAUUAAAAGACAGUGGUAAUAAAGUCCACCUAGUUAUACGUAGAAGAGUUGUUGUCGCCUCUAUCAUGGAUCCAGAAACUCCACUCAAAAUUAUGUUGGAGAAGAAGAACAGGAAAGAUGAUUUUGGAGUUGUACUAGGCUGUAAAUUCUUUAUAAAAGAGAUUUACUCUGGUUCCCUUGCCAGAGAGGAAGGGACAUUAGAAGAAGGGGAUACAGUAUUAAAGAUUAACAAUACCCCUGUAGAUAAUCUGUCUGUCCAUGAGGCCAGGAAACUUAUAGAGAAGACAAAGGAGAAAUUACAACUGUUUGUCACCAAGAAAAACUUGGAGAAUAGAAGGCAGACAAACAGGCUUCAGGAUGAUGAGGCUUCUCUUGGUUAUGGAACAUUACAAGGAACACUCCAAACCCAGAAAAGUGAAAUAGAUAGUGUCAACAUCUACCGCCCUAAUGGGCCUGUGGAUGAUGUAUAUAAACAAGACAUUCCACGUGGAGCCUACCCUCCCAGUGAGCAUGCCCGGUAUGACGGGAGGUACAUCUACGACCAUGAGGGACCCCCAGUACCUCCCCUUCCAACAGGUGUCGACCCUAAUGCUCCCCCUCGACCACCAAGCCCAGGAAAGGAAGCUUUACGGUCGGAUGAUUUUUACAAUUCUCCUCCACAAAAUGAUGGUUACUAUAGCGACAGACCAGAAUCUCAUAUGGACAAAGCUCCAACAAGGAGACAUCACCACGACGAGAGAUACGUCGGCAAGAGAAAUGAUAUCAUUUCUGAUCCCAGGUUUGUGUUCUUCCACAAGCAGCCAGAUUUAGGAUUAGGAUUGAGGCUCGCUGGAGGGAAUGCCACAGGGAUAUUUAUAGCCUCUGUACAGCCUGGCAGUGGUGCAGCUGACGUGGGGCUCACUGAGGGAGAUGAGAUUUUAUUGGCAAAUAACAAAGAAAUUCAUGGUUUAUCCAGAGAGGAGGCAGUGACCUACUUAACAAGCCUGGAAGGUCAAGUUCAGAUGCAAGUUCACUAUAAAAAAGAAGAAUAUGACAGAAUAAUGGCCAGUAAAGAGGCAGGGGAUUCAUUCUAUGUCAGAGCUCAUUUUUCGUUAGAGACUGCCGAACAAGGAGAAUUAUCUAUAAACCAUGGCGAUAUAUUCCUGGUCAAGGAUACACUAUUUAGAGGAAGUGUGGGGUCAUGGUUAGCUGUGUCCCUCGGCAAAAAUAAUAAAGAGAACAAAAAGGGAAUCAUUCCUAAUAGAACAAGAGCAGACGAUAUCAUGGGAACACAACAGACAUCUGAAGCUGAUAAAGAAAACUCACCGGCUAAAGUGGGGAGGGGCUUGUUUAAACGUAAAACUGCCCGGCGGUCCAAGUCACUAGGCAAGGAUCACUGGGAAGAUGUUAUAUUUUGCAACAAUUAUUACGCUAAUCUGACGACAAAAUUUCCUGCUUAUGAGAAAGUUCUGAUAAGUGAUGUAAACUUUGUUCGUCCAGUUGUGAUAUUUGGUGCUUUGUCUGACGUUGCUAGAGAGAAAAUGUUGAUGGAAUACCCAGAUAGAUUUGAAUCACCACAACAAGACAACCAUGGGUCAGAAGACGAGAAGAAAACAAGAUCUGGUAUUAUAAGACUCGGUGCAAUCAAAGAGAUUAUCAAUAAGAGAAAACAUUGCCUGUUAGACGUCACCCCUAACAACGUUGACAAACUAAAUUAUGCACAGUAUUAUCCAAUCGUCAUCUUCCUAAAAGCAGAGAGUAAAAACGUCGUCAAAGAAUCUCGGUCACGCCUGGCUAAGGGUUCAAGUAAAAACCCAAAGAAACUUUAUGAGCAAAGUUUGAAGUUAGAGAAGAUGUACAGCCAUCUGUUUACUGGAGCAGUUGUACAGAAUAACACAGAUAUUUGGUUUAGAAGGGUAUUGGAAGUUAUUGAGGUGCAGCAAAAACAACAGAUCUGGAUGUCAGAAGUACAACCUGAAGACAAUGUCCACGAUGACUAUUUGUUCCCAAUGAACAGUCGUCUCAGUUUUGCUGGACCACGGGAAAGUGAGCAAGACUUGACUCGUCAUAGGGAUGAGUUUGAGUUCUCGCCCAAACAUCGUCCACGAUUAGUGAGGUCGUCAUCUGAUCCCAGCGUUAACACCAUGGAAAAGAUUCCUGGUAUCCCUCCUUAUCCUGCUCCGCCAAGUUAUCGUAAACCAUCGAGUCCGACGUCACCUGGGGGAGGCAUGUAUGAUGACAGACGUUACGUUGAUCUUGACCAAUCAGAGGAUAGAUAUUACCCAUCAUACUAUGCAAACAAUAUGUCGCCACGUCACCCUAGUCGAGCACAUAUUGAUGCUUAUGCCACAAUUACUCCGCAUGAACGACUUCGACCUUCUCUCCCUACUGAUGAACGAUGGUUUGAUCCUGCUUACGACUUAAAGUCGGCACCAGAUCAUCGGAGAACUGAUAGCGACCCUGCCCAUAGAUCAUACCACAAUUCUCAUCCUCACAUUCCAAAUGAUAAUAAGCCAUUUCAUGAUAAUGCCUCAUUCAGUGGUGAUUCCUACACACGAUAUACAUCUCAUCCAGCUAAUAAACACGAUGAUUCAAAACUCAGAGAAAAAUUUGGGACCAAAAAUGUUCGUAACACAUCACAUGACCCAUACAGAUUUACACGGAGUACGGCUCACCCGGUGAAUACAGCUAGUGUUGAUAAAUCAAAACUGUCAGAUCUCACAGCACGAUACAGGAAGGAUGAACCCAAUCAAAAACCUCGUUCAUUAUCAACAUCUCGUCUUCCAACUUCACCACAGAAUCCUCCAUCAUCCAUCGAUCAACCACAGAAAAAGGUUCCACCACCCGUACCCGUCAAAACUUAUAACCUUAAAGAACGAGGCAUAGAACCUGAUGAACUCAAAAUGAGGAACUAUGAAAACACAAACAGAUCUUAUAACUAUAAUGAUGGUAGCGCAUACGCCACAGUAAACAAACCUGACCGUUACCAUAGCGAUGAAAAUCCAUAUGAUUAUGUCGUACCUAGAUCUGGUUACCCACGACAACAGCAAACAGCACCGCCACCUCAUCAAAGCCAUUAUGCUAAACCUUUCACAGGAAGUCCCAAUAGGGGAGGUAACUCUGGCAGAUAUUUUGAGAAUCAAAUUUACAUGGACACUAAAGAUUUAGAAAAACUGAAAUCUGUUCAGCCUGAUCAUCGUGGCAACCAGGAAUAUUACUCACGUGACCCUGGAUAUGUUAGUCCAGGAGAUCGACCAAGAACUGACGAUGAAUUAAAUUCACUUAAACGAGCUGAAUAUCGUAAAAGCUGGACUGGUCCCCCAGAAAGACAAACCAGAAAAUUUUCAUCUUAUGCUAAGUUAGUUACGCCAGGAUUUUAUGGAGGUCGUUCUAAAUCUCAGGAGAACAUACGGGGAGGAUCUCAAGAUGCUAAUGAUAGCGAUGACAGAGGUAGUGCUUUUGAAGCUUACAGAAAACCACAGUUAUCAACGUUUGGUAAAUCAGACUCUCCCCAUAGUCCUGUUGUCUCAACAAACGGACCCAUGAAAAAUUACAGCUCUGAACCUAUAUCUUCGGGUGAAGGCACUACUACUACUAACCAAAAUGCAUUGCAACUUCCUGUUGAAUCAUGUGACAAGGCUGAAACUCCUCCCCCUGAGAAUGAGCCUCAUUCUGAAACUGUUAUCAGUGGAUUUAAAAAUGACCAUCAGCUGGAUGAGAAUCAUACAGUGGUUGCCACGGCGAGGGGGUCAUUUGACCAUCAGGGAGGAGUGUUGGAAUCUCCAGAGACGGGGGUCAGUAUUGUCAUUCCAGCUGGUGCCAUCCCAGAGGGAGUACAACAGGAAAUAUACUUCAAAGUCUGCCGGGAUAAUAAUAUACUUCCUCCAUUAGAUAAAGAAAAGGGUGAGACCUUAUUAUCUCCCCUUGUGAUGUGUGGACCUCAUGGUUUGAAAUUUCUACUACCAGUUGAAUUACAGCUCCCCCAUUGUGCCUCAGUCAAUCCAGAGAGUUGGUCAUUUGCUUUAAAGUCCAGUGAUUCUCCUUCAGGUCAGCCAACACAGUGGCAGAAUAUGAACUUGGCUGGUACAGAAGGAGUAACACAAGGACGGGUCGGUAAAAGUAAAGUCUCGGUACUAGUAGAUCAUUUCUGAACAAGACAAUCAUUAAUGGAGGAACAGACACUUUGUUAUAAGUGAAAAAUACAGCUGAUUUCUAUAAAUAGAUCAUGAUGCAAACUGCUUAUAUCUCAGUCCCUUCCAUAUAAAACAUUUAGAUUGAGGCAGAGAAACCUGAACUUUUUAAAAAUUCAGAUUCAUACAAGGAAUGGGAAGAUAACUCUUUUUAAACUAAUCUGAUUAAUGUAUGAGGAAGGGGAGAGCAAUCAUAUAAAGUAAUAUGAUGAAAGGGAGAUAAUUCUUAUCAAUCAAAUUUGAUUGUUAAAUGAAGAAGGGGAGAUUGUUUUAAAACAAAUCAGAUUUUUUAAUGAGUAAGGGGUGAUCACUCUCAUAAAAUAAAUCUGAUUGUUGUAUGUAGAAGGGGAGAUAAUUGAUAAACAAAUUUGAUUGUUGUAUGAGUAAGGGGAGAUCACAUUGAUUGUUUUGUAAGAAAGGGGAGAUCACUCUAAUUGUUAUAUGAGGAAGGGACUGUUAUGAGAUGUCAGGCAGCUGGAAAGGAACAAACCAGAUCCUAGUCAAUGUUUAAUUGUGUAUAUUGAUUUCUUCAUUGAUAUCAUACAAAUAUAACCAAAUAGUUUUAGCUAAAAAUAUCUUCGUGUCACAACAGUUUAUGUUUUCAAAUGAAUCUUAUUGCUACAAGAGGUUUAUUUGAGAGUAUAUUUCACAUGUCAUAACUGUAUUAAUUGUAACAAAUAUUCAAUAAGUGUUAACAAUUUAUCAACCUUGUUUAAAAAAAAAUUUUCGUUUUUUUCUUCCCUAAUUGUGUAUUGCCAACCUUGCAGAAGUAAACCUAAAGGAUUAUCUAUAUGUUAUGUUUUAUACCUGUAUCCUAUAUAAUGACAUACACAUUUCAAACAACAGUGCCAAAAUGUUAUUAUUAACUUUCAACAGAUGAAAAGUGUUUAGUAAAUGAAAUUUGAAGUCAACAUUGUUUAUUUUUUAAAGAAAUUUAACUAAACUUACACUUGUGUUUGUUGUGUAAUGAAUGCUCAUUGUGAAAUUAAAUUGAAGUGCAGCAACGUUUAUUUUGUAAUGAUAUUUAAGUUCAACAAUGUUUAUUUUGUAAUGAAACUUAAGUUCAGCAACGUUCAUUUUGAAACGAUAUUUAAGUUCAACCAUGUUUAUUUUGUAAUGAUAUUUAAGUAACAACGUUUAUGGUGUAAUGAAGUUUGAGUUAUCUCAAAGAUUAUUUAACAGAUAUUAGAUAAGAACAACAAUCUUAAAAGACCACUUUCGAGUUUGUCUGUCACUGAAAAAAACUCGUCAAUUAUGUGUGCCUUUAUUACGUCAUUUAACAGAUUGAGGGGGUUCACUUCAGCACUGCUGAAAGACAAUUAUGAGAACUCAAUUUGCAGAAUAAUUCGUGCAAUAUAGCUUUAUAGUUCUCCAACCAUUCACUCAACAUGGAAAGGAAGUGACGAUGCCCCUAAAUGCACGAAUGAUGUUCACUAAAACCAAAGUUUUUUACGGAAAAGCAUAAAACUUGAAAGUUGUCUAUUAUCAUGAUUAUGUAAUAAGAUUUAAGUUCAAAAGAUUUUAUACAACAUUAUAAUUGUUUAAAGAUGUGUUUAAUGAAUAUCAAUUUGUAAACAGCUUACUUUUAGUGAGUGAAUUGUUAUUUUUUUGAGGUUGUGAUGACUGUUUGGUUUUUCAUUAUUUUAUUUCUUGGUUGUGUUUAUAAAAAGGUUUGAUCAAGAAAUUUGUUUAACAUUUGUUUAUUUUUUUUUAUAUGACUAUCAUUGUCCACAGAGUUUUUUUUUAUUACACCACUUCCCCUCUUUACAUACAUUGUUAUAUUGACUCAUUGUAAAACGAUUUCAGGGGUUGGGAGUUAUCUCCCCUUCUCAGUUUGGGAGUUAUCUCCCUUUCUCAGUUUGGGAGUUAUCUCCCUUUCUCAGUUUGGGAGUUAUCUCCCUUUUUCAGUUUGGGAGUUAUCUCCCUUUUUCACGUUGGGAGUUAUUUCCCCUCAUUAUCAAAGCAACAAUACUCAGUUAAAGAACAAAUACAUAUUUUGCAGCAAUUCAUUUAGUAAUUCAGUUUUAUAGUUUAUAUGAACAGUAUAUUUAAACACAUAGCUAGAUGAUUUAUCUCUUUCAGGGCAAUUCCAUUAAAAUGAGAUUAGGGGUAGAAGAAAGUGAAGUUUGACGAGGGUUUUCUUUUGGUUUACAGAAUAUAUACAAAAUGUGUACAUUGUCAGAAAUAUAUAAUUUAUUGAAACUUACUUUAGAAACAGGACUAAUAGUAAGGUUCACUACACUUUUCUCCUAUUUUGUAGCGAGUAAAUAUACAUUUUAUUUUCUGACAAUGUACACAUUGUUUUUAUCCUGCAAUUUACACCUAGUGCUUGAGCAUUAGUUGUUGAAAAUCAAAAUCAUUGCUUUUUUUUUAAAGAAAAAAAAUCUUGAUGAAUGGAAAAUAACAGAAAUAAAAUAUCUUGUUCCGGAAAAAAUUUUGAAACUCCUUUCCUACCCUCUCUGUUCCAUUUUAAAGAAAAGCCCUUAACAUAAGAAUAUGCAUAAUCUCGCCCACUUCAUUGCUCCAUAUAUACACAUGUCCUUUACUUAUUAGUUGGCAUUCUGCCCAUACCUGUAUCUGUACGCAAUGAAUUUCUGUCAAUAUAGGCACACCUCCGUUUAUGGAGUAAAACAAUAAAAAUAGUUCCAGCACUGCAAUAGUAUUAAAUAUCAAUCCAUCAAUAUAUUUACACUAUGAGCAUUAUGUACACAGUUCACAGUUCAAAUUACGAUACUUAUUUAUUCUUUUAUAUGUAAAAGAUAAAAAUUGUCUGUAUACUAUUAAAAUAGGAAUAUAAAUAUUUAAGAAGUUCAUAAAAUAUAGGAUCACAUUUAAUGCUUUACCAUUGGUGGUAACAAGGAGGGGCCCAGUCCCCCCUUUUGGAGACAAAUUUGGUUGAUUAUAUAGGGAAUCAAUGAAGCCUUAUUGAUGCAGGCACUACCUUAGGUCAGCAGCCCCCUUAUUAAAAGUUCUGGAAUCCGCCACGGUUUACAAUUCUGAUCAGAAAUUUGUUUAUGUUAGACUAGAUGUUAUUUAUACAAGAAACAAAGGUUCUUGUGUAAAACAUUGUUAAUAUCCAUAACACUACCACUCGAGUUAAGUGGGGAGAUAUGUAAAAAUUUGUUAAUUCAGAAAUUAUUUUUGUGCAAUUUUUUUUUGGGGGGGGGGGGGAGAUAAUUUUUUUUAUCUUUAAAAAUUAAGAAUAAAUUAUUGUGUUUUCUUGAUAUACAGUGUACAACAGUGUUAUUUGAAAAAAAUACAAUACCUAAUCUGCUCCAAUUUAUUCUUUUGCACAAUUUUUUUGUGGAUUUUUUUUUUAGUUUUUAGUUUUUAGUUUUAUGAUAUACAGUGAACUAUAAUGUUACAAAAAAAUUUUCAAAACCUAAUCUGUUCCAAUUUUAACAUUGAUAAAAACAUCACAGAAAUUUGUGAAUUUACAAUGUGAUUUAUUUGUUUGUGCCAAAAUAUUAACGUAGACUGCUGUUUAUAACUUUGCAUUAAGAAUGGUAGAUAUAUACAGUGUACAUAAAAUUAUUUUAAAUUGUAAAUUUUUAAAAUUGUUUUUAUUUUCAAAAAUUUUAUUACUGGAAUAUCUUUGUAUAAUAAAUUGUUGAAUGUGUUAUUGAAAAGUUCAAAUAUUCAUUUUAUAAAAUAUCUUUAUUUGUUGCUAAAAUAAUAAUAUUAAGCAAGAUAUAUGAAUAAAUGAGUGAUUUAAGGAUGUUACCUCUUUAUUUUGAAUUUUUGCCAGAUAUUUGGAUUCCUCUGGAUUUAUCGAUGUAUUGCCAAAAUAAUUUCUUCUUAGAAGAAAAAAAAUACAGUACUAAUUUAAGGAUACCGUUAGUUUUGUUCACAUUCUAUUAUCACAGUAAUUAUUUCUAGGUUGUAUUGUGUUACUUAGCAACAUAUGUCUGCCAUUAUGAACAAAAUCUAAAAUGAAUUUUGAUUGGUUGUUAUUCUGUUGUUACCAUGGUUGUGCUUUAUACAAAAGUUUAUAUUUCUUACAAGUUUUACAUUUAAGUGAUAUUAUAUUAGUUAUAUACCAUUGUAAAUAGAGUUUAUACAAAGAAGAUAAAGUUUUAUUGUUUCACUUUAUAAUAUGAUACCAGUUAGUAUAUUUAUUUUCAUUGAAAAAAAGGGGGGGAAUAAAUAGACGAUUUCAGAUUACGUACCCUUGUAUCCAGAGUUUAUCAUUUUCCUACAGCUAACCUUCUUUGUGGUUGGACAUUAAAUCUGUACCUAUACAGUGCGUUAAAUGUCUUCCUUUUUACACCAUAACCCAUGGUGGUGCUCCUACUAAAGGAGGAAGAUACAGAACAUACAAACAUUAUGGUACUCAGUCAAUUAAUA